AUGCUCCACAACAAGGUGAAGCAGGCACGUGCUUUAGUUUAUCGUGGAUUUAGAACUGCGCCGCAUCUACCACACCCCUCCUCCUCCUCCUCCUCCUCCUCCUCCUCCUCCUCCUCCUCCU